CGCGCCGCCGCGACAACACGUUAUUAAGGCCUCUGUACGCCACUACACGCGACGCGCGCGUUUCGAACGUAGUGAACGAUCUCGCGACCGGUUCGCCGGAGCCCAUGAGCGACUAGUGACAUCUCGAUACUUGUGCUGUGUGACUUGCAGUGAAACGCUCAGUGCAUACAUGUGCAAGUGAUGGAUUACUGCGGAUCUACCUUCGAGUGCUGACGACCGGGUACGGUCCCGACGUAUGCCCCGGCGCCGCUAGCCCGGACGCGCCAGCAUGCGCGCCCCCGCGGUGCUCAUCGCCCUGCUAGGGUUUCUACCCCAGGUGCUGACGUCUGGUUCCUUCGAACUUAGGAUAAAAAGUUUUACGAACUCAUUGGGUAGGUUAAGUAGUGGGCAGUGCUGUGAUGGUUCCUCAAAUAGUGACGCGCCGUGUUUGGCGCCGUGCAGGACUAAAUUCCGAGUGUGCCUCAAGAUAUAUCAAGCUAACAUCGACACGACGUCACCAUGUACCUUCGGUGACAUUACAACGCCUGUGUUGGGCGGCAACUCAUUGGAUGUGCCCAACCUCCACGUGGAAGGAUUUAGCAAUCCCAUCGUAUUCCCCUUCGACUUCACAUGGCCGGGCACAUUCACGCUUAUUGUGGAAGCUUGGCACGACACCAAUGAGACGUCGAGAUCUGAUGAUACCCUUAUCGCGCGAAUGACGAAACAAAGCGUUGCGGAUGUGGGGGGCCCAUGGAUAGAAGAAGAACAACGGUGGGGGGGACCCGGCUCUGCUCAUCUGAAGCUGUCGUACAGGGUGACAUGUGCGGCUCAUUACUACGGCGCAGGGUGCGAAGUGCUGUGCAGGCCAAGAGACGAUGCCUUCGGACAUUACACCUGUUCACCAUCAGGAGGCAUUGUCUGCAAGCCUGGCUGGACCGGAGACUAUUGCUCGAAACCGCGGUGCUUGCCCGGCUGCGACGCUGAGCACGGCCACUGCCUCAAGCCCGACGAAUGCAUCUGCCAUUCGGGCUGGGUGGGCGAGCUGUGCGACCAGUGCGAGCGGCACCCGGGCUGCAUGCACGGCACCUGCAUGCGGCCCUGGGACUGCAUCUGCCAGGAGGGCUGGGGCGGCCUGUUCUGCAACCAGGACCUCAACUACUGCACCAACCAUCGCCCCUGCCGCCACGGGGGCACCUGCCACAACACCGGCCAGGGCAGCUACACGUGUAUGUGCCCGCCCGAGUACACCGGGCCCAACUGCGAGAAGUCGCUGCAUUCAUGCUCGGAGCGGCCCUGCCUCAACGGGGGCGCCUGCGUGCCCGACGAGGGCGGCGAGAUGGUGUGCGCCUGUCCUCCGGGGUACGAGGGCGCGCGCUGCGAGACCCGGCGCCUCACGUGCUCCGACCGGCCCUGUCGCAACGGCGGCGUCUGCGAGCCGCGCGGCGCCGGCUACGUGUGCGAGUGCCCCGUGGGCUACGCCGGCGCAGACUGCGCGCUCGAGGCCGACCCCUGCGCCGCGGGGCCCUGCCGCAACGGGGCCACCUGCUCGCGCGCUGGCGACGGCUUUAAGUGCACCUGUCGCGCCGGAUUCCGCGGGAACCGCUGUGAGAUCGACAUCGACGACUGCGCGGGCAUCACCUGUGAACACGGCGGCACUUGCGUCGACCUCGUCAAUGGCCAGCGCUGCCAGUGCGCACCCGGCUUCGUGGGCUCGCGCUGCGAGACCAGAGUGAACUUGUGCCUCGCUAAACCCUGCGCGAACGGAGGAGAAUGCAAGAUCUUGGACAACGACUACCAGUGUCGGUGUAGACCCGGGUUCGCCGGCAAAGACUGCAGCAUCGACAUCGACGAGUGCUCGUCUUCACCGUGUCGGAACGGAGGCACGUGUAGGGACCGCGUGGACAGCUACCACUGCACGUGCGCCCCGGGCUGGGGCGGUAAGUCGUGCACCGUGUCGCUGGCGGAGCUGGUGUCGAAGCAGGCGGGCGGGCAUCUGCGGCGCGUGGGCGACGAGCGCGGCGACGAGGCGCUGUCGGGCCCGCAGGUGGCGUGGAUCGCGGGCGUGACGGCGGCCGUGCCGCUGGCGGCGCUGGGCGCGGUGCUGGCCAUCGUCUGCCUGCGCCGGCGCCGCGCGCGCGCGCUGCGGGCCGCCGACGCGGAGGCGCGCGCGCAGAACGCGGCCAACGCGGGCGGACACGUCAUCCGCAACACGUGGGGCAAGUGCGACGCGCCCGCGCCCGAGUGCCAGAACGCGCACAACGCGGCCGCCGAGGAGUGCAAGCGCAAGACGCUCAACACCGAGAGCGCGAGGCUGCUGGCCGCGCUCGACCCGCGACUGUCGCGCCUCUCCGGGGACUCCGCCUACUGCGCUAAUAGCGAUACGUCGCUAGUGAAGCGAGCGCUAGAAGGCGGAGGGGUGUACGUGUUAGACGACCAUUGCUUGCCGCCGACGUACGCGACACAAGUGUAGUGAUACUGAGUGCGUCAAUGGACAACACUAACUUAUUUAUUCACAACGGACGCUCGUGCGAAACAGGCUGUGCGCCGCGUGUAAAUAUAGCGUAAAGUGUAAAGUGACCCUGUAUAAACGUCUAGUUAUAAGCGUUCCGAAGUAUUUAUUUAAGAGAGCGAUUCGUACGCCCCUGUAAAUAGUAUUGGCGGGACGGAUCGCGUUUUUUCCGCCCCUGAUCGGCGAGCGUCGUGGCGACAGUGGCGCCGCCAAGCGUCGAGCGGCCGCCGCGAGGACCGCGCGAGCCGAGGGGCCGGUGGACUUGUCCACGUCGCGAUCUCUGUACACUUGGCCCGAGGACAUUUUGUACAUAGUUUAAAUGUUUAAUCUAAAUUUAGAAAAUGUUAACAUUUUUGUAUAAAUUCUAGAUCCUCUUCAUUUUUAUAUAUAGUCCUCGAUAGCCUUUUGCUAGUUUAAACUGUUUACAAAAUGUUCAAGUCCCAAGUAUAGGUAACGUGUGCUGCGUCCCGUAGCUCGGUCCGCUGCGCGACGCCGCAUCAUGCCGCGCCACUGCACCGCUCACUCUCGACCACUCUCGAUCACUCUCGAUCACUCUCGAUCACUCUCGAUCACUCUCGAUCACUCUCGACCACUCUCCAUCGAGCAGGCAGUAGUACCGAGCGCGUGCAGUGUCGCUACAUGAACACCACACACCACUAACACUAUCCCUCUAGACUCGCACCAGUAUAGAAGCCAAACCGUGCGUAAAAUAAGAUUAGACUAAUUUAUAAAAAAAUAAUAAUAACGCGAAUGAUGCGUUCAUCAGUUUUACAUUGAUUUAUAUUUUGUGAUUGACUAAUUGUUGUCAUUUGUUCCUAUGAUUAUGAUAGUGAAUUACCCCACACAAAAAAUCUUGUUCAGGUUUUCUUGAAAAUCGACGUAGAUUUUUUUCUCUGUCUCUCAUAACUUCUGUACUCGGGAUGUAGUUCAGUUAGCACGAUAAUGUAACGUUCCUGAGACUGUGAGCGCCAUUUCUACAAGCUGUAUGGCCAACAUGCAGCUCGUACAAGUCGCGGUCGCGCCACACAAAUGUUCACGCACCUAACUUAGUCCAUAGGUUAAAAUUACUGCAGUACUUAUACAAACAAAUUGUCGAAACCUAAGUCAUUGUGUAUAAAAAAGUAAGUUUUAGUUUUGUAAGUAUAUUCUCCAUUACUUAUAAGAGUACUGAGACAAUAUAAAAUGCGUCAUUAGGCAACAUAGGACACGAUACUUGCUUGUUUUAACUUAUUUAUUUGAUACGUACAGGCCUCGAUGUUGUGUUUGGGUUCCCACUCGAGCGGCCACACACGCCGGCAGACUGUGUCGACGCUCGACCACGAACCGACUUCAUGAAAUAAUUUAUGUUAAAUUACAAUUUUAUAAAAGCCGCGUACUCAUUACGCGGCAAGUUAUAGGUUAUAUCACCUCCUAUGUUGCCUUUUGCACUCGAACGUAGAUUAAAAAGGUUAAAUCGACAAAAUUGUAAAAAUAUGAAUAGACUGAUGAUCAAUAAUAAUUCUCUUGUAUUUAAUUUUUUAAGAUGACAAAUAAGUUUAAAUUAUGAGGAAAUAAUGAACAUCCAAAUGUACUAAAAAUAGAAUCAUAAUUUUUGUACUUAAUUGAUCACAGUGAACCUUUCAUUUUUCUUUUUGAGAAUAUUUCGUUAUGAUAUUAUAAUUCAAAAUUAUGAUUUCCAUUCCGAACAUUAAAAUGACAGUAUUUUUAAUUUAUUUAUUACAACCAUUAUAAUUAUUGUGAAUUUCUUUAAUUUUAUGAACAAAAUCAUUGUUUAAUUAUUUUUUGAGCUUAAGUUUACAAUUGACUGAUGUACAUUGACUUGAAAAUGAUAUUUUGGACACAUUUUAAUAAAUCAUGAAUGUAUUUGUGGCUGUAUGUGUGAGUAUACUGAAAGAUAAAAUUUCAAAUCAUUCCAUUUCUAAGCUAAGUAGCCUUAUCUAUAAAUCUUAAUGUUUAAUUUCGCUAUUUUCUUAUUAUUGUUUAUUUUGCAUGUGAAACCAGUGAUUAUCUUAAUUGUUCUAUGUUUCGUCCGUGUGGACAAAGUACAAUUAUCUGUUAUCUAUCUUAGUAUAAUAAUGUUACCUUUUGGUAUAUUCACAUAGAUGUUUCAAAAGAAAAAUGAAAGAAAUCUUCAUGUGAAAGAAAGCUGUAACCGAUAAUUCCAUAAAUAGAUUCUAACAGAAUAAAAGUCAUAUUGUGUUGCUAAUGCGGUGAUAAAUUUGCCAGCGAGUGUAUGUGACGAAGUGUAAUUAUUGCAGUGGAUGCAAACGAG